CUCACCCGGGGCGGAACCGGGCCGACUCCGCCUCACUGCCUGCCAAUAGCUUGCGAGGUGGUGGGGCGCUCGGGCCCCCGGCUUCUAUUUACUCUUUCAAUCAGUGCGAGUGUUUGCCCCUGGCCGGCGUGCACGCGCGGGUGAUGCGCUAGCCAUGAUCUCGCAGAAGCUCUCGUACGGCGACGUGCCGACGUCUGCGUCGCUGUCCUCGUUGUCUCCGGGUCUCGCGCCACAUUACGUUAAUGGUAUGGGAUGCAUGCCAACGCAGCCCUAUCCGAAUCUCUACUCCAACAACAUGGUUGCUGGCGGCUCGUGCAUGGGCUCCCCGGGCGUCGGAUACUCGCCGCCCAGCACGAUGGCAUCCUGCAUGGGCGGCGGUGGAGCUGUACCCUACGGAUCGUUACCGCGUGAACAAGAGGCAGCUUCACCCACUUCAGCACUGCAGAGAGCCCGCAACGACAAGACCUACCGCCGUUCGUAUACACACGCAAAACCGCCAUAUUCUUACAUAUCUCUUAUUACGAUGGCCAUCCAGAAUAAUCCAUCGCGCAUGCUCACACUCUCGGAAAUCUACCAGUUCAUCAUGGACUUGUUCCCGUUUUACCGACAGAACCAACAACGUUGGCAGAACUCGAUUCGACACUCGCUCUCUUUCAACGAUUGUUUCGUGAAAGUGCCACGCACUCCCGACAAGCCUGGCAAAGGUUCUUUCUGGGCCCUACAUCCCGACAGUGGUAACAUGUUUGAGAAUGGAUGUUUCUUGAGACGCCAGAAACGAUUUAAAGACGAAAAGAAGGAGUCGAUAAGACAAGCGCAGAAAGCGGCUCACGGACACGGUCACCACGGCGGCUCACAUGAAAAACGAGGUGAGCACGCACACGAAAAGACUUCAGGCGCCGGCGGUGGCGCAGGAGAAGACAAAGAGAUGCGUGACGAUAUCUUAGCGCAAUUGCACGCAGGGCCGGAACUAUGCCUGCCGGAGCAUACGCCGUUGUCGCUGGAACAUUACGCUCAGCUAAAACAGGAGCCACAGGGAUACGCGCCGGCGACUCACCCAUUCAGCAUUACGCGGCUGCUACCAGGCGCCGACACGAAGGCUGACUUGAAGAUGUACGACGUUAACUAUGGAUACGGGCACACGCCGGCGGAGAACUACUACCAGUCGCCGUUGUACCAUCACCACCAUGCGCACACGCAGCCGCCCUUGUGACAAUACCCGUUGGCGUAGGCGUCGCGCCGCGCGCCCGUCUGGACCGCGCCGCACGAUGCCCCCGCCGCGCCCUAGCCGCUGAUGACGAGAUUGAAGAAGAACUUGGAUUAGAUUGUUAUUUACCUAUUCCAACAACAGUUGACACUCAAACGAAUAUAUAUUGACGAAGUGACGUCAUAUCGUGGACCGUUGAACAGUGCAAUGUCUUGUGUAAAAUGUAUAUAAAUAUAUUAUAUACUUAGAUAGGCGAAAGGAAUUAUAGUUCUGUCAUCGACCAUCGCAUUUAGGAGUUUAGUUAAGUUUUGUAUAUAUAGACAAUAAGAUGUAUACAGUGUGCCCAUGGAACAAUUACAUAAAUACACAGUUCGUCUGAUGAAGGUUUUUUCCUAAAUUUAUUUGUAUUAUUUUAUAUUUAAAAGUGAUAGCAAGUAGCUGAGAGAAAAAUACAAUUUAAUUAGUUCAUUAUACUUUUUUUAUGUCAAUUGUUUUCUGGGCAACCUGUAUAAAGACUUCUAAAUAAUGGUGUUUGGUGUAAGAUAGGUUCCUAUCUAUGCUUCUGCACAUUCCAUUCCAAUAUAUAUUUAUAUGCAAGUGUCAA